UCGGCGGCUACGCGGUGGGGGAGAGAACGGACGACGACGGUUGUUCGGUCGUGUACGCCGCGCGCGCGCACCGCCGACCGGUCGUCCGUCCGUCCGCCAACAGUCGGGCUACGUAGUCGCAGCGUCCAGGUCCUGUACUCGUUACGCGUCUCAUCGCGCGCACAAGUGAUGUUCUUCUCCCGCCGUGACAGCGGCACCGCAGGAUAGUGGACCGAUCGAAACCGCGGACAAUCCCGGUGGCGGGACCGACCGCAAUGGCCGCUUCGGCCGUGACCAGGGCGCACAAUCGGGCCAUCGCAAAGGGCACCGAUCCAAAGGCGGCCACAUGCCGAGCAAAGUUACAAAGAGCCCGGUCUGCUCUGAAUCGGCAAAUGGACAGAGAGCUACGGUUACGAGAGGGCGCGGAGAAUCUACUGCGGGCCACCUCCAAGGACGGCGGUGGUGAUAGCAGUGGCGUGGGCGGCGUCAGGACCAAGAGCAAGAGCAGAAAACUCAUCAGACAGACGGUCGCGUUGGAGUUGAGUUUCCUCGAAUCCAACGUGCGGCUGCUGGCCGACGAGCUGGCCGAGCUCAACGGGUCGGUGGACGUGUACCAGUACCGCGACGAAGACGACGACGAUGAGGACCGCGGCGAUUUCGACAGACACUGCAGCGGCUAUCCCGGCGGCGCAGACGGACCGACGACUAACCGACCGCGUCGUCGGCAACGUCAAAUCCCCAUGAUAGCCGUGCCCCUGAAAGAUACUAGGCCCAUCGAUUUCCGACCGCCGCUCGAGCGGUUCAUCAGUCAACAUUACGGCGUGGACAUAUCAACGGAAACGAAUCAUACGGACAGCGACGAUGACGACGACGACGACGAGAACUACGGCAGCGGUGCACGUCGGCGUUCGCUAUCGUUACGCGAAGCCGUCGACGAGUUGACGCAGCUCCGGCUGGACACGCAGACGCCUAGCCGUGACGCGGACGGCGUGCGACUUUUACUGCGGUAUUACCGCCAGCUGUACUACGUGGACCGCCGGUUUUUCCCGCCUUCUUCGGCGACAGCGACCGCACCGCGAAAUCAUCCACUUCACAACCAUCAGCAACAGGACAACCAUUACCGUCAGAACAAGCAGCAGCAGGCACCUGACGCGUCGUCGUCACUACCAGCCAUUUAUUUCGAGUGGUAUGAUUCGUUCGGCGGUCCCGUCCCGUCCUGUGGACAACGCACGGUCCGAUUCGAACAGGCGUGCGUGCUGUUCAACGUGGCGGCGGUGCACACGCAAAUGGGCGCCAAGUAUGACCGCCGUUGCACCAACGUCGGUGGCAGAGACGACGACGACACCAGCGGCACUGGGAAACCGACCGCCAGCUCUUCGUCGACAUCGACCGGACCGGAAACCGUGGACGGUGCCGUGGCCGCGGCGCAAUGUUUCCUGAGGGCGGCCGGCGCGUACCGGCACAUCGGCGAUACGUUCGCCAACGCUCCGGCCCGGGCUGCCGAUCUUCGCGCCACCGUCGUCCUUUACGCCCUUAUGAUGGCCCAGGCGCACGAGUGCGCUUUUGAGAGAUUGCAGUGGCGGUUCUUGGCGUCCGUCCGGCAUCGUUGUCGCCGUUUUCGCCGCGAGGAACACGUCCGCAAGCUGCCACUCCAGACCGAGGCCGGCCGCGGUGCACCGAACGCGUCCGCGAAACGAUCGUCGACGGUAACGGCGGCGGGUGGCGGUUCGAACGACGUGACUGUGAACUACUCGCCGUCCUGGACGGAUUUGGCGCGCGAAGCGGCUCACUUGUCGCGAAUGUACGGGGACGUGGUGUACAACAGCAGCUGUCGUCCCAGCGACGGGGCCGCGCAAGGUUCAAAGGAAAACAGCGGCGAGCAGGGAGGCGCGCACUCGUCCAUGCUGCCGGACGUUUGGGUGUCCGUGUGCAGAAUCAAAGACCGACACUACGCCGCGUUGGCUUACCGUUACGCGGCGUGCGCGCUGCUCCCGUACUACCGGUGCACCGUCGACUCGUCUGAUGACAGGCCGCACCACGGCCGACGCCGAUGGCGAAACGCUAAUGACUCGAACGCAGGUGAACUGUUCCAAGAGCUAAUGACGGCCGCGGCUGCCGCGGGCUUGGAGAUGGCGGAAGACGACGAAGUGACGUCAGAAACCAUGCGGCAACAGCAGCGAUGCAAGCACCUCGGUAAACUGUUGCUCGAAGCGGCAGCAGCAGCGCAUGAUCGAGCAGCCCGUGCACAACGAUUAUGUCGACAACUCCGGGCUAAAGCUGAAUGGAACACUUCUGGUGGCGGCGGAUUACUAGCCGGAGUAUUGGAUCGGGAAAGGCAGCGAACAGUACGAUUGUUGUUAAUGCAUCGUCGCAACGACGAUGAAUACGGUACCACAAAGAGCAACGACGAAGACGAGGACGAUGAAAAUCACUGUUGCUGCCGUUACCGUUGCUUCAGCGAUGACGAGGACAACAGUAACGGCGACGCGACGAAGGCGACCAAGGAACGUCGUUAUGAGGAUUAUCACGACUGUUGCUCAGAUGACGAAGGUACGGACGCUGCCGCAGUCGCGGAUUACUGUUCCGGCAACGCUGACCAAGAGGAAUUCACUGCGGCUGGAAUAGCCGGUAUACCCGGCUUGGACGUGGAUCGCGGUGUGCUCAUCAGACCCCGUACUCGAUUUCGGCUGAUGUCGAUCGCACCGGACUUCACGGACACCGGAGACGGUGACGACGAUGUUGACGGCGUGACGACCGCGACUAAACAGCGUGGCGGUGGUGACGAUCGACCACGGCAAAGGCAACACUUGCACGAGGCAGCUGAUCGAGAAGAACGCCGAGCCGACCUGUUUGCCGGGCUGGGCCCGGUGGCCGUGUUCUCGGCCCGUCACCGGUACACUCGGCCCCGGUGGGUGAAGAUGGUCCGAGGCAGCCGUCACCGGUCCACCGCAGUCGACGCCGGUGACGAUCACGACGAAUCGCCUGCCACCGUCGAUCCGAUUCAACUCGUGGACAGGUGGUUCGGGUUCGAGUUGCGCAGUCACGGCGGCGGCGCGACGGCUGCGGUGCCGCCGGCCUCCGUGGGACACGUCCGAUCCAAUUCCCAGGCACAGUACGCUGGUCUGAAACGAGGGGAUAUUGUGGUGGAGUUGAAAUGCACCGGGAACGGUGUUGACCGUGUUCUGGACGUCAGGUGGGACACGUGCCGACGUGUAGCCGAGCUCAUCGUAAACAAUCAAAGACGUCGGCACUACGGUUCCGGCGACAGUGGUGGUGUGUCCGUGCAAUUGAAAGUUGUAACGCCAAUCACUGCAGCGGUGGCGUCUGAUGGACACGCGACCAAGUCAACGUCAAUGGACCCGAACAAGAUGUAUCCCCGAAGGAAAACAACCACGUCGGUGAUGACUUCAUCUCAACAUUCCAGCCUGCCACCAGCACAGAUGUUGUCGCAGUCAACCUCCAAACAACGACGUCAACGAAGACAGACAACUAAUAGUGGCAAUGACACUACUGAUAGUACUAACAAAAUAAAUACAUGGUUAUGGAAUCCUUUCCGGCGGCGGCGGAGAAGCGUGAUCGGAAACAAGUGUUAGUAAAUACUUGCCCUGCCCUCCAUUCAAUAAUUAGCAUUGUAUCUAUCUGGUUGUUGAGUAAAACAGGUUAUAGGAUAAAAUUCAACUAUUACUUGUUAAUAAUAAAUGCGAAAUAAAUGUAAAUGUUUACUAUUUU